AUGGUUGAACUAGCUACCAAAUUGAUCCAUGAUGAUGACAAGCACAACAGAGUUUCUGAUGUCGCUCCACCAAUCAAUGUCUCGACCACUUAUCGUUACGCUGAAGAAGACUUGAUUCCUUGGGCACAAAGAGAGAACUUCGAUUUUAUGGAUGAGGCCCCUGUCUACUCUAGGGAGGGUCAUCCUAACUGCACUCGGUUGGAAACAAUAUUUUCUGACAUUUUAGAAGGCCAUGCCGUUUUAUACGCCUCAGGGUUGGCUGCUUUCUUUGCAGCAAUGAUGCACUACAACCCAAAGCAAGUGUUUCUCGGACAAUGUUACCAUGGUGUGCACUGUAUCAGUGAUAUGUUUACCAGAAAUUUUAAUGUUCAACAAAGGACUCUAGAAGACAUCGCGGAGUUUGCCAAGAAAGGAGAUGUUGUACACUUGGAGUCUCCUGUUAACCCGUUUGGUACCGUAAUUGAUGUAAAGAAGCUUGCUGAUCUUGCCCACUCAAAAGGUGCUAUUGUCAUCAUUGACUCUACAUUUGCUCCUCCACCUUUACAAUACGCUUGGGACCUAGGAGCUGAUAUGAUCAUGCAUUCUGCUACCAAAUACUUUGGAGGACAUUCUGACUUGCUUGGAGGCAUCUUAGUCACCAAAGACAAGGAGAUUAGUAGAGCAUUGAAAGAAGAUAGAAUAAAUCUUGGCAGUAUGAUUGGCAACUUAGAAAGUUAUUUAUUAAUGAGAUCUUUGAGAACUUAUGAAAUGAGAAUUAUGAAACAAUCCGAAAAUGUGGUUAAAAUUGUUAAAUAUCUGAACGAUAAUAAAGAGAAAUAUCCCAAUGUCUUGGGAGACAUUUAUCACUCCUCCAUUCAAAGCGAUGCUUUUGUUAAGGAUCAGCUGGUUGGCGGCUACAAUUCUGUCUUUUCAUUUUGUUUGAAAUCUGAAGAACAAUGUAAGAAAUUCCCUGACAAAUUAAAGUACUUUCAUCAUGCAACAUCCUUGGGUGGCAUUGAGUCCCUAAUUGAAUGGAGAGCGCUAUCUGACGAUAAAAUUGAUCAAAAACUAAUGAGAGUGUCUGUUGGCUGUGAAUCUGCAAAAGAUUUGAUCGAUGAUCUAUCACAAGCAUUACAAGAAUUGGAGAAUGAAUACAAAUAA